AAAGAAAAAGAGUCUUGUGUUACUUAACACGCGAGUGUAAUGAGCCCGGGCCGUGACAGGCGCCGCCGGGACCGCGUCCUAUUGGGUCCGCAAUCGCCGGGUGGACUGAAUAAAAAGGAGAGGUGCGGCGCAGGGUGAGAUUAGUGGAGAGGCAACUGCAGGAAGCAGCAGCAGCAGCAGCAGGAGGAGCAGCAGCAGGAGCAGCAGGAGGAGGCACCGGAGCCCGUCAUACGCUGCUGUGAACUCGCAACUCCCUCAGGUCCGUGCACGGCGACGGCGGCGUCACCACCUCGAGCGAGCGCUUCCACUAAUUGGCGUUAAUUAAGAGUUCGCGAGCCGCUCGGUGUGCAGUUUGCGCCGUGCGUUGAGCUUACCUGCCCGGGGAGGGUUGACGAGAGAGAGGGAGGCGGAGGCGGCGGGACACCAGACGCGGGUUUGUAGGUAGAGUCGAUUUGGAUCGAGUGUCUCCUUCUUUUUUUUUAUAUUUUAUUUAAAAAAACAACCAAAACCAUAUUUAUAUUUAUAUAUACACAUAUAUACACACAUCCAUCCAAGAUGAUGAUGAUCAUUGCGGAGUUCUUCGUGGUCCUCUUGAAAGUGCUCUGGGCUUUCGUCACCGCCGGAGCCAAGUGGGUGGUGCGGCCGAAGGAGAAGAGCGUGGCCGGACAGGUGUGCGUGAUCACCGGGGCGGGGAGCGGCCUCGGCCGGCUCUUCGCCAAGGAGUUCGCCCGCAGACGGGCGGUGCUGGUGCUAUGGGACAUAAACAGCCAAAGCAACGAGGAGACGGCGGAGAUGGUGCGGCAGAUAUACCGCGAGCUGGACAGCCCCGUGCCUAAAGUCGGACCUGUAGGAGGGGUGGAGGAGGUCCCCCCGUUCCAGCCGCAGGUGUACACCUACGUGUGUGACGUGGGCAAGCGGGAGAGCGUGUACUCCACGGCCGAGAAGGUGCGCCGCGAGGUGGGGGAGGUCGACAUAUUGAUCAACAACGCCGGCGUCGUCUCCGGCCACCACCUGCUGGAGUGCCCCGACGAGCUCAUCGAGCGCACCAUGGUGGUCAACUGCCACGCGCACUUUUGGACCACCAAGGCGUUUCUGCCCAAGAUGCUGGAGCUGAAUCAUGGGCACAUUGUGACGGUUGCCAGCUCCCUGGGUUUAUUCAGCACAGCUGGAGUGGAGGAUUACUGUGCCAGUAAAUUCGGUGCCAUUGGGUUCCACGAGUCGCUGAGCCACGAGCUGAAGGCCUCGGAGAAGGACGGUAUCAACAUGACGCUGGUGUGCCCCUACCUGGUGGACACGGGGAUGUUUAGAGGCUGCAGAAUAAGGAAGGAGAUCGAGCCUUUCCUGCCUCCUCUGAAGCCAGAGUUCUGUGUGAAGCAGUCCAUGAGGGCCAUCCUCACCGACCAGCCCAUGAUCUGCACUCCUCGCAUUGUUUACAUGGUCAACUUCAUGAAAAGCAUCCUGCCCUUCGAGGCCAUUGUGUGCAUGUACCGAUUCCUGGGUGCCGAUAAGUGCAUGUACCCCUUCCUGGCCCAGAGGAAGGAAGCGAUGAACAACAAUGAGGCCAAGAAUGGGAUCUAGGGGGCGCUGUGUCCAACGUGCACGAGGGCACACGGAACCUGCAAGCAUGAGGAUACGACCACUGACGGGGGUGUAUAUUGGGAGAAAAAAAUGAAAGACUGAAUCUAGACUGGUGCACUUGCAUUGAGCAAAUGCAAAGGUUUACCAUAUUGUUCCUCUGGAACAAAGAAAGCUGUGUACUACACAAAGGAUUUAUUUGACUUUGUUUUGUCUUUUUUUUUUUUUUUUGGUUUUUUUUUUAAGGUUUGAAUAAAAAAAAGUUAAAAUAAAAUAAAUAAAAAUUAAAGGUUUAAAUAAAUCAACAUCUAUAUACAUGUGUCACUAGUUUUGAAAUCAUACGAAAAAGGUAUUCAUUAAUUAACUAUUUACAUAAUGUAGUCACCAGCCUUAUCUAGUGUCUUUGUGGAACUAUACAGUAUGUUACUGUAUGAACAGUUAAAAGGAUCCUUGUCACUUUUUGUUUUGUUGUUUUGUUUUUGUUGUUUUGUUUUGUAGACAUGCACUGUAAUUACUGACACUCUACACUGCCCGACACGCGCUGUGUGGAGAAGGUUCAACACGGCAUUUCACACAACCCGCCCAGAGGCUCCGCUUAACCCGCCAGGAACUCGCACUACAUAUGGCCCCCAGAUUACACUGCUCUGAUGGUAGUUUGGGUUGACUGCGAAGGUCUUCAGCACGAUGAUACAGUUUUGAGUUUGCCACCCACCCCCUCCUCUCUCCCCCCGUCCCAUCACCCCCCCCCCCCCGCCCCAUUAGACAUGUAGCGUAGAUGUUGUUGGUCAACAAAGCAUUCCAGACAUCUGCUAGCCUCUCGCCGGCUUACCUAGAUUCUUCAUAGGAGAGCCCAGGUGGAAUGUGAAGGGAUACGUGUCCUUUUUAGUGAUGUUAAAAUGUUAUUGUAGGUCCUGUCGACUAAUCCCUCUGUAAUGAAAAGUAAAACCCUGAGCGUGUGAAGCAUUUAGGACGCAUUGACCCGAGAGGAACCUGCCAGGGAGCCGAGGCGGAGGUCAAUGUUUUUCCUCACUUUUCUUUCCUUUUCCAGAUUGGCAUGUGUUCAUAAUAUAAGCUUGUUAGUUGCCAGUUGCUAAUUUGUCGACGAUUUGUCAAAACCAGAGACCCGUCGCCGGGUCGUGAAGUUGAGGGAAGUCCAUUACGACACUAGCUUGACAAUUUUGUUUCGUUGUUUCCUGAAGUGACAUCCUCACUUUGUCGUCCACCUUGUCCAGUUACCCUGAAGUGUAGAUGUUAAACUUUUGUGAAAACCGUUCCCCCCCCCCCCCCCCGAAACGACUGUCUCCACAAUAUUUGACGUAUGACUAUUUUCUAUACUUUCGCAAAGACAGGAGUUUUUGAAUUUCAACUACAUUCCAAUAGGCGUCAUUCCUUCAGUCACAGUGAUGAGCCUAAAUUCUCUACCUCUUAAUUUUUGCCAUUUAUUGACAGUAUGACAUAAGCCUGUUUUUUUUGUAAUUUUCUGAAGACUGCUCCAUAGCAGAGCAAAUGUGGUUCCGAUGUCUAGUGUCUCUACCUAACUUAAAUUAAUAAAGU